AAAAAUCUGGUUUGGACUACAAACAAUAUCGUCGCAUUUUCUUGACAGCCAUUCUGUUCUGUGUAUCGCUGUACUACAUUAUGAGCACCCUGGUGCCGUAUGGUGACCUGGUCGAGAAUGAAAUCAGAGUGGGCUACUUUGUCAACACCUCGGGCUGUCGCAUGAUGGCUCUGCGUCCAUUGCCACCGGAAUCUCGAACCUACUUGCGACGACUGGAGGCCAAGCAAUGCACUAAGCCCCAACUAUUUCGAGCUGUAACGGAACGGGGCAAGAACUAUCUAAAGCUGACUAUGUCAGAAGGCGAAAUCCUUAGUGUCUUCAGGGUGGAAAGCAUUAACCACGUCCAAUGUAAAUACGUGCUGAUCGAGCGAUAUAAUGACUUUCAGAACAUACCAAAUGCCACAGAAAUGUUCUUUCUGAGCCAGCAAGCACAACAAAUCAAAGUCGGGGAAGGCGGCCAGAUAUUGAGAAUCCAAUGCCAUGGAGCAAACAAUGAGACGGUUUACCAUGAUGUUCACUUCUUUUUACCGCCACCAACUCCUCUGCCUAAUGAAGCUGCCUCUUCAGCUUCAGAUGCAGACAGUCUAUCCGUGAUGAUAAUGGGCAUCGAUUCCAUUUCACACAUGCACUUUAUACGAUCGAUGCCAUUGCUGAGUGGUUACGUGGGCAGUUUGCCCCAUGUUGAGUUUUGGGGCUACAAUCGCGUGGGGCGCAACACUUACCCCAAUCUGGUUCCACUCUUCAGUGGACUAAAUGAGGACGAGCUGCAGUCCGAUUGCUGUGAUGGCCAAAGCAACUACGAUGAAUGCGAUUUUCUCUGGAAUCGUUUCAAGGAUGUUGGCUAUAACACGAGCUACGGCGAAGACACCCGCGUCGGUGGCACAUUCAACUACGGCAAAUCGGGUUUCGAUCGACAACCAACGGACUUUUACCUGCGACCCGUCAUGCUGGAAAUAGAUCAGCACACUCGCUACAGUAUUGAUCGACGCGACGAAAUUCAUUGCACGGCAAGUCGCAAGUAUGCAGAAAUUCUGUACGAGUUCAUCUACAAGCUGAUGCCUCACAUGAAGCGGGGACCUCACUUCUCGUUCUUCUGGCAGUCCCAGGGGGUUCACGAUUAUUUUAACUAUGCCCAGUUCCUGGACGAGGAGUACUUGAAUCUGUUCCGUCGCCUAGAAACCGAGGGUAUCUUGAAUAGUACUCUAGUACUCCUAAUGUCCGAUCAUGGAAUGCGAUACGGUUCCUUCCGCAAUAGUUACCAGGGAAUGCUCGAGGAAUCGCAGCCACUUCUGAUAGCUCUGUAUCCCAACUGGCUGGCGAAGGCUUAUCCCUUCGCCAUAUCGAAUCUAAGGCUAAAUGCUCAUCGUCUCGUUACAACAUACGAUUUACAUGCAACUCUCAAGGAUUUGACAAACUUACAACUGCUCCGUGAUGGCAAUAUUGCACAUCGAACGACUGUGCUUGAGAAACUGGGACCAAAGAUACCUCGUGGCAUUAGCCUCUUUCUGCCCAUACCAGAGAUACGAAAUUGUGGAUUGGCAGGCAUUCCAUCUUCUUACUGCCUGUGCCAUACCUUGAGCCAGAUACUUACCACAGAUCAGAGAGCGCAGCGGGCUGCUGAAUUUGUGGUGCAAUCAAUUAACUCAAUCACAAGCGAGGAGAAGCUUUGCCAGAGAUUGAGAUUGAAAGAGUUGCAAGCGGCCUAUCUUUUAAAUCAGGACAACAAUAUGUAUGAGUUUGAGGUGAAGGUUCGACUCCGAACGACGCCGGGCGAGGGACAAUUCGAGGGAACUACGAGAUUUACAGGGUAUUCACUGGCACUGAACGGAGUAGUUAUUCGAACCAACAAGUAUGCUAAUCAAUCUUAUUGUGUGGAAAAUUACCGCAUCGAAAUGUAUUGCUAUUGCUUAUAAAAAGAAGAACUAAAAAACUUGAUUAAAUUUAACUAUUACUAUUAAUUAAUUAAUUUGAC